AUUAUUUGUUCAUGGUGACUACAAAAGGGAAUCAGCCCUGCCUCGGGUCCUGCUCUGAACCCUAAUCGCGAUGCCGACGAGAUCAGCCACGACAAGCCCGAAAAGCAAAUGACAAUUCUUCCAAAAAACAUAAAGAAACAAGUGGACCUCUUUGAUUUCUUUGAUGGUUUCUCUGUUUUGCAUAGAAUGACCGAGGACGAAGACCGCCGCUACAGUGAACAAGUUAAGAGCAGUGGUGGCUUUGAGGUUGACCCAUUCCCUGGCGUCGUCGCUUUUGGUUUAAUUCAACCGUGGGAUAUAAAUGUUCCCGAUAACGCUCGCAGAUGCAUACUAUAUUCGCAUAAUGCUAUCGACACAUACAACACCAAGUACGGAACUCCUCAACUGAAGUUUGUGAGGGUUUUGAAAGCUAUGUGUCAGGGUUGCGAUGUUUUUAGGUGUUAUGUAACCUUUGAGGCCAAGGAUCUUGCUGAUGGUGGCCAGACUAAGAUCUAUCAAGCUGUGGUGCGUUGCCAGAUACCCAUAGAUGUUAAUAUCUCCACGUUGUCUUUCAGGGAGUGUGUGCAAUUAGUGAGAGGUUCAGGCUUUCACGGGAAAAAAUGGAAUUGGAAAGGUCACUGAUUUCUGCGACGGCGAACGGGUCGUAUGAGAAGAUUUUUCAGCAGCGACAUGCAUAUGGUGAUCAGUUUAAGGAGAUUUUUGGAAAUAUGUAAUACCUAAGCUACUAUUCAUCAGAAAAAGGGCUAAAUCACUUUUCUUUUUCUUUUUUUUCUUUUUCUUUUUUACACUAGUUAUGUGAUAUAAAUAAAAGAUAUCUUCUAA